AUGACAAAUCGCAAAAUGAUUAAUUAUUUAUUAUUCAUUUUUUCAAUUAUUAUAUAUUUUAUUGUUAUUAUUAAUGGACAUGCAGAUAAUGGUAGGCAGAUAAAAAAUUCAAUUCUCCCAUGGUCAAAAUAUGAAAAAAAAUAUUUUGCAUUUAAUAAAAAUAAACAACGUGACUAUACAAAUGAUGAAUAUAGUAAUCAAAGAAAAAUAAAACUUUAUUUACCACCAUUUAAACAUGCUAAAAAAGAACAUAUCAGUUCAAAGGAUACUUUUGGUGGUGAAAAUGAAUUUACAUCUAUGCAUCAAAAUUUAGUUGGUAGUGGAGGAAAUGUUAAAAAAAUUAAUGAAAAUAUUGAAAAUGAAGUUCAACCAAUAUUUAAGUAUAAACAAAAACCUUUAUUAAAUAUAGUUGAUGAAAAUGAAGAAAAUAAUAAUAUAAAUUCUGAAAAUACAAAUCCUAUAACAAAACCCAUACUUACUUCAAAAGCUAAUGGAAUUGGUAAUGCAUUCCCAAAAAGGCCUAUUGAUAUUGAUGGUCAAGAAUUUGUAUCACAAAUUCCUAAGAAAAUGAAAUAUGAAGUUGAUGUACCAAGAAAUUAUUUUCCAAAAUUACAUACAGAAAUACCAGCACCUCCUAAACAAGUACAUUCAUUUAACAAUAUGGUUCCAUUUUCACAAAGUUCUUUUAACAAAAUUCCACCAUCUAUGAUUCCAUCAAAACAAAGUUCAGUAACUACCUUUACUGGUAAUAAUAUUCCUCCAAUAGAUUUACAACCAUUAACAAAUCCAUUUUUUAAUAUACCACAACCAUCACAAGAAAUUAUAUCACCUGUUAUGAAUGGAAUUGAAACUAAUGGAUUGCAAAAUGCUUUCUCUGCUAUAAGUCAAAGAUUUAUGCCACAACCUAGUAAUUUACCUAUUCAACCAUCUAGUGUUAAUGGACCUACAAAUUCACUAGGUGCUGAGGCAAUUAAUAUGCUUCUAGGAAAUGGUAAUGGUGGUUCACCACUUGAAAAUAUAUCAAAAAUUGCAAGAAACUUUUUAUCUAUGCAAGGUUCAAAUCAGGAUUUAAUGAAAUUAUUAACUGGUGCUUUAAAUAGUAAAAAUAAUGAACUUUUAACAUCAAAAGCACUUUUUCAGACAGAAAAAUCAAAAGGAGCUUUAAAAGUUGGUGAUGAAGAACCAGAUACCACAAAGACAGAAGAAGAAGAUUUAGAGGAGGAGAAUACUAAUGAAUUAAUAACAUCAUCUAGUUCAAAAACUACAACAUUAAAUAAAUUAACAAAUAUAUCUUCAACAACUAUUAUUAUACCAACAAUGAUAUCAUCAACUCCUUCAACCGAAGCAACUGACCCAUAUUUGUUAUUAAAUAGUCUACCCCCUGAACAAAGGGAAAUUUUACAAGCAGCUAUAUCAAGUGGAGAGUUAGAUGUUAAAAAUGUAUUACCAACACUUGAAAAACAAAAUAAUUUAAAAAAUGAUUUAGAUAAAAAUAAUACAUCAAGUAAAUUAGCAUUUUUAAAAAAUAAUGAAUCAAAAUUAUUGGAAUGGAUACAACAAAAUCGUCCACGUUUAAGUAAUAAUAUGGUUACUAAAAAAAAUAAUCAAAAUUUAUCUUCUGACAAAUUACCAUAUUAUGGAAAAUAUUGUGGAACAUUAACAGAAACAGGUGAUGUUAAGACAAAUCAUAAUAUAGCUGGAGCUAUUUGGGCAGUUGAUGAUAGACGUUUUAUUGUAUCAAAUUUUCAUUAUCGUCCAGGCAGUGUUUUUGAAAAUAUUACUUUUUGGGCUGGACCAAAAAAUGUAUCAAAUACUAUAUCAGAUGCUUUUCCAUCAACAAAUGGUUUUUAUAUAAAACCAAAAUUAGUUGAUUUAUCAGCAUUUCGUAUUUCUGAGGUAAAAAAUAUAAAGGCAAAAAUUAGAGAACCACUAAAAAGAAAAGAAUCAAAAAUUGUUGUUAAAGAGUAUGAUGGAAAUACAACUGAUUUAGAAAGUAUUUUAAGUUCAAAUAUUGAUGAUUUUGUUUUAAAAACUAAAAAAGAAGAUGAUAAUAUGUCAACUUUACAUUUAUCACUUAAUCCUUUAUACAAAAAUGGAUCAUUAUAUAUUGAUAAAAAUUCUAAAGAAAUGAUAGAAAAUGACAAUAUUGAUAAUAAAAAUAUUAAUAUGGAUGAUAAUAAUGUCAUUAAUAAUAAUGUAACUUCACUUGAAUGGUAUGCAGGAUUUCAACCACUUAUCUUAGAGUUACCUGAUGAUAAAUGGGUUAAAACAACAAAUUGGGUAUCUAUUUGGGAUCAUAAGCAAAAAAAAUCAUUAGCAUCCGUUUUAAUUCCAAAUGGACCAGCAUUUCAAAUUCCUUCAAUUGUUUUAUUAAAAAGUUUAACACCUAUUGGUAAUAGAAAAAUAAGCAGUGGACCAAUAACAGUUUUAGAUACAAAAACAAUUGAAAUAAAGAAUUUUUAUUUAGAUACAGAAGGUGUUCCUGUAUGGUUUAUGAUUGGUAAAGAUAUUAUACCAAAUUCAAAUGGAUUAAUUGUACCUACAUAUUUACCAGAUAAAAAAGAAUAUGAUUGUGAUUCACUUCGAAAUUAUUAUAAUGAAACUGUUUUAUUACAUCUACCUGAAUCAUUUGAUAUUACAGAUGUUUUUUGGUUUUCUGUUUUUUCAAUUCCUAAAAGUAUUUCAUUUUCACAUAUAUACCUUCCCUAUAAUGAUAUGCAUUUACCACCAAAUUUAAUGUUUAUUAAAAAUCCUAAAUGUAUUUAUGAAAAAGAAAAUUAA